UACAGUUUUUAUAUUAGCUUGUUAUCUGUUCAAGAGACUUUGUUAGCUGAGCAAAUUUUAUUGCUUUCUGAUUUCAGAUUAGGAUUUUUUCCUUAUUCUUAUAGUAUGUGAGGUUGUCUAAAUCUGAAGUAGCUACUCUGGGAGUUUUCCAGAAGAAAAAAUUUUGACCAAAGGUGUGCCAUUGUAUUGGUUGAGCUUUCGAUUUUGUAUGAAACGUUGUUUUGGAGCUUUCACAGAGAGGUGCAAAAAUGAUGUUCCUAAUAAAGGGAGAUGGGAGACAGUGGGGGAAUACGAGAAAGGUUACAUAAACAUACUGCAUUAGAUGGCACCUCUUGCUGCUUUUUUUUCUGUUUUUUAAUAAUAACGACCCAAACGGUAUUUAGACAAAGAAUAGAGAGCUUCUCUAUUUCACUUUUCUGCCAGAUACCUUAAUUAUUUUUAUCUGUCUUCUGAGCUCACAACAUUGCAGGACCAGCCAGCAUCAGUCCGACUUUAACUUACAGCAUCUGCUUCUGCAUACAAGGAGAGUGUUUGGGCUGAGGGAGCGUUCCAGAGCUCUCUGUUGAAACUCGCUGUGGACAAUUGGGAGUGAGUUGAGGUUGCAGAGAGAUUUUGCCAGGUCUGGGCUGAUGCACCUUAUUGAGUCCUUUUGUCUGCAAUGUUUUAGGAUCAGUGCUGUUAGUUAAGAUGUAUAAUGUGACAACCAGUUGCUGGAUUAGCUUAACCAGUGGUCUGCGCAACAGUUCUGUUAUUUUAAAUGGUUUAUUAACAUUGCUAAUAAACAUGCUCUUUUGAUCUAUUCCUUUGUUUAGUAAUAUAAACAAUACCAUAAAGCUGUCAGCAGAAUAUGCAAUUCAUUUAUAAAAGUUAUUAAAAUACAUUUGAAUUUAACAAAGUGUUUUUAAAAACAAUAAUUUAAAAACAAAUCCCUUGUGGAAUAGUAAGAAUUACUGCGCUGAAUAGGCUCUGGCAAAUUGUUUCGUUAGACCACCUGGGCUUUUACUGUGUACUCCAGUGACACAAUAAAAUGCAUUAUUGUAAAUUGCUUACCGGUGUCAGAUUUAUAGGUGUGACUGUAAAUGUCAAUAAAUUCAUGAUGCUGAGAUUUAUGGAAUUAAAGGCUGGAAGGGCUCAUCUGCUCUGUCUUUGUGUCACGGGGUACCAGUUAUCCCCCUACCCUAUGAGUUUAUAAUGCUAUGGACUGACAUGUUUUGAACACAGAUAACCAAGGAAUAUGCAGGUUCUACUAGAGUCUAACCAGUGCCCUGCAGUGAUGAGGAAUUUAUUUCAGCAGGCUGUGCUGAGCCCAUUGUGCAAACUGGGCUCCCAGGUACAGGCAAAUAACACCACCUUCCAUCAGUGGCACCCACAUCUCCUCCCUUCCCCAGGGAAACAAGUGGAAGACAGUCCCUCUCAUCUGCCUCAUAUAAUUUGACCAAGAUGAAAAAUGGCUUGCCAUUGCAACUGGGCAAUUGAGUCUGAGCAUAUGAGCGAGACAUACCAGACAGGGAUGUAACAAAAAGGAUUCCUUUCGCCAUAUGGUAUUGCUUCCUUAGCUGUGGCCUGUCUCAAAUACUUCUGAAGAAAGUACAUAAUUAAAAGAAAAAAACAAAAUGACCCAGAAUAAUCUGGCCAGUUACACAUCGACAGGAAGAAUACUUGACUCUUUCUGGCAGGUAGCUGAAGCAUGAGAUUGGUUUUAUACGCAUUGUGUUGGUCAGCCUGUUGACUUCAGCCACAUGUAACAAACCGGUAGAUUCAUAUUUCAGACUUCAUUUUUGACUACUUAAUAAUGUGCCCAGACAUGGUGUGUUGGAAAAGAAAUGUAAAAAAGGGGUAUUUUCACCCCAUUUCUUUAGUUUUCUGUUUUGUUUCUCGCUGAUGCCAAGAAGCGGUGUUGCACUGAACUGCUUCUGUGUCACUCCUGCUGGAACCUCUUUACAAACAACAGUGUUACCAAUGAAGCAGCCCUUAGGGUGUUGAAUGUUCUCAGGUUUAUAACUCUGCUUUCCACUUGCUGGAGAAUUCUGUAGUGUCUCAGGUUGGAACAUCCAGUCUGAUGGUAAAACUACUCACCUGCUGAUCUGAGAGAAUUUCACAAAACUAAGUUUUGAGUAUAACAGGAAAAGAAGGCAGACAGGUUGAACAAGUAGGGGUACUAGAAGCUGAUCCAUUGAGAGAGCCACUGUGGCAUCAUGGUGAACUGUUGUUCAUUUAACAGCAGAUCCUGAGAUCUCAAUUUUUUCUAUUGACAUGAGAGAAUGCAAAGUUAUCAGAUGCCAGAAACUGCUGCUGAAAAUAAUGCAAAUGUAGAAGCAUGUUAUAUAUAUUCGUGCAUAUACAUAUGUAUAGAUACACAUACAUUGCUAAUAUUUUCUUAUCCUUACAGGUUGUGCAAUACAACACUAAACUGAGGAAGAAAUUGUCUCUGAGUAACACUUACCAGUAACAAACCUGUAACUUUCGUGCAGUGAGUUGAAUACCUCAUCCCUUAGUGUGUGCAACUGACUUUGCAGAUGAGCCUUGCUAGUAAUUGUGACACAGGUGCAUUUCACUUAGUGAUUACUUUGUUUUAACCAUGAUUGCUGUUCAGAACUACUAAUCACAGGUGCUUGUCUGGUAGUCCCUCUGGGAGGGACUGGAUAGGUGGUCAUGGGGGUGUAAUUCAGUGUGCUCUUGCAAACUGGCAAAUACAAGUUUCAACUUUUCUUUUUAAGCACGAGCAUCUUGACUUAUAUAGAAAAUGUGGACAAAAGCGUUGCUUCUGUCACUGUGACUUUUAGAAGCUAUUCUUAGGCCUCUCAGUCACCUGUGGAAUUACAGACUGCAGUACGAAGGCUGCAGUCAACAAAAUUAAUUCCGUCUCUAAGGUGUACUAAUUUUUCUCCUCGUGAGGAAGAAGGGAACAGACACCAAGUAGUAACUGUGAGUGCCAGGAUGAUGAAGGCACCACGAUUUCCAUUUUUGAAACCAUAUUGUAAGACUUUUACGAUGUAGUAUUGAAAAAAUAAAUCAAGAUAAAAUAUACUAAAUAAAUUGGCAUUCUGAAGUUGUUUAUCCCAUGCUAAAAUGUGAAAUCUGUUAAAAAAGUAUUAGUAAGUUAAGGGGUUUUCCCUGCUUAUUAUCCCCAAAGCAUGGUAUACAGGUAAAUCUCACAAUGUCUCCAUAAGAUAAAUAGGAGUUGUCCUUAACUUGCAAGUUGAGAAACAUGACCAGCAGAAAAUCAGGGACAAAUCAUAAGUUGCUGUAUGCUGGUAUUACAAUAUUGGUAUUCUUUAGUCUUGUAUUCACUGGAUUCUGAUGACUAUUUUUAAAGCAAAGCACAUUUUUUGUGUGUUACAAUUUCAAAACAGAAUUCCUCUUUGGAAGGAAAAAAAUGAAUGCUGUAUGUCUAUAUAAGCCUAUAUACCUUUAUACCUAUAUACCUAUAUAUGUCUAUAUACCUUUGGAAAAUAUUAUCGAAGAGUACAUGCAGAACCAAGAGAUGCACUGACUGCUUAUUACCUCAGUGUAAUUGCUGUUAAAUGUUGAAGACUAAUGAAAGUCAGAGGCAUCUGCACUGUUAAUGGUAUUACUGUGUGUUAGCAUCAUUUAAGGGAAAAAGCAAGUAUAGUCAACAGCUGCAGAAGAAAGGGGCCUUGAAAGCAUAGAAUAUUAAGCUGCUUAACUGUGGUAUGGAAGAAAAGUCUUUCAGGUUUGUGUUUCAGGGCAAUAAAACAUUACCUACUUUUGCUUGGUUUCAACCAGAGAUUACUAAGCCAGAGAGACCUAAGGAUUUAAAUUGCUAACUUGAGCCAUAUAUUCUUAUAUUUCACUUUUAAAUUUGUCCUUAUCUCUGGAACUAUCUAAGAGGAGGCCAGGGUUUACAUUUGUGAAGGAAUACAAUUCUUUAAGUCCUUCAGUGCUGUUCCUGACUUUUGUUUGAGAUUCUUUCUAGAUGAGAGAUUUUCUCUAUAGAAGUUACAUCACCAUAGGCAAAAUUUGUCAGUACUUUCAGGUUAAUAUAGAUAAGAAGAAUACUUCAAGUUGCAGAUUAGACUGCGUGAUAUUAAAAGGGGCAUGAAGCAAAAGAGCAGAUACUCAACACUGCUGUGUGGAUGGAUGUGUCUUGAGGAUGAGCAAUAAGACCAGAAGAUGUUCAAUGGACCUCUUUGGGAAGUUAAAGCUCUUCUUGAUCUAACUAAUUUUUCUCAUGGAAUAAUAUUUUGCUCGUUUUGUUGUCUUCCUCAGCUGUGUAUAGCAUUACUUAUCCUUUGCUUUGUCUGUUACUUCUGUUCCAUAUAGUGUCAGAAGAAUGUGAGGUACAAAGCUAAAAUAGCUGCUGGUUUUUUGGUUAAUUGUUUUAUUGGGUUUUUUUUGUUUAUUUGUUUUGUUUUGGUUUUUGUUUGUUUGCUUGGUUAUUUUUAGUUUUAUGUACCAAAAUUUCUGUUAUAUCUAGUACUAAGAGUGAAUGUUUCUGAUCUCUAGUAGAGGUAUCCUUCUGUUGAAACUGAGGUACUUUUUAAUGAGUGGACUUUCUUCCAGUAGGAAUAAUACAAUAGAGCUCUGAGGUGAAUAGCCAAGCAUUUUAGCUUCCAAGUGCUGCAGAUUUCAAUUUAAAAUCUUAUAAGUGAUAAAUGAAACUUUUUAUUUACCACAAAAAUUGCGGUAUUUAUGGUAAUCUAAUAUCUUAUGGUUAUAAUGCUGUAUUAAACUAAUGGAAUUGGUUUUAUCAGUAAAGUAGCUCAUGAUACUUAUUUUAGGGAUGAAGCUCAAGAUGAAGAAAGUGGUUAAAACCUACCUUUGAGACAGUGACCUUACUGUAGCCUUGACAAGUAUAAUGAAUGUUAUUUAUAAUAGAAAAAAACUGCAGUUACUCUAAGUGAAUGAAUGAGAUUUGCCUUUUGUGCUACAAUGAGCCUGCUUUUAACUUCCACUUGCUUCCUCAACUAUAUGUUGAUGGGAUGAUAUCUAUGCACUCUAACAGCAAACAAUUGUUUUUAUCAAACUGAAGUCAGCUUUUACUUGCAAGGCUUCAUCUAAUUAAAUUGCUGCUAUUUUUUGCCCCAGAUAUGUAAAGCAGCUCCUGUUUACUCCAGCAAAAACUGUAAUACUGUAGCAGUGGGCAGAAUUUGGUCACCUGCUAUGUAUUCUAAUCUCUAUUUCAUUAAAUCAUGAUUUUCCAAACUUCUGUCUGCAUCAGGCAAAAUGCGUAGAAGAAGAAUUUUCGGAGCCAACUUAUAGCUCAAUCUCUGAAUAAUUUACCAUUAAUGAGAUGUGAAGUGCCUGCAUGCAUUAGCUCAGGAAAGUGGUUGAUUUAUCAUGGUCUCAAAAUAGCUUUUACAUGCAGUUGCUUAUGUUUAAGCUGCUGUGUCCAGUUGUCAUUCCAACUCAUUCUCCUCUAGACAAGACAAGCUGUCAGGCUUCUCCUCCUGCAGGUAAAAUGUACCUACUGCCUAAUUGUAAUGUUCCACACUAAAGGACUGCUUAGUGACAGACUAGGCUUUUGCAUGGUUUUCAUCAUUGCGCCGCUUCAACAACAGCGCAAGAAAACCCACCUUGAUUAUGGACUUCUGUUCAGCCUGUUAUUAAAAAUUUGCCUUAUGGGAGCAACGUGUAAAAUUUAUACUGUGCUUUUGAAGGAAGCACACUAUCUCCUUCCGAUCCAGUCCUUGUGCUGGUUUGUGUAUGGAAAUAAUUUUGGUACUGUCCUGACUCCGUGGAGCUGGCUGUCCUCCUGGGGCUCUUAUGCUGUCUCCUGCUCUUUGCCUUCAGUGAAAAUUGAACAGCUGUAUACAGCAAAAAUAAAGUUCUUUGGUGUUACAUGUGUGUGUAUAUAUGUACAUAGAUAAUGGGAUGAAGUACCUAAUUAAAAGUUGGUAUGCACAAAGUUAAUCCAUUUGAAUAUUAUAUAAGCCUUACAUAAAUGUGUGUGUGUGUGGUGUGCACACAGUCAUAAUUUACCUGUCAGAAUUUUCUGUGUCCAUCAGAAAUGGGGCUUUUCAGUACCCGCAGAACUGUAAAUGUACAAAAGAAAUUUUAUCAGAGGAAUUUUAAGAGAACAAAGCUUGGUUUGAGAGGCUCUGAGCAAUGGGAAUAGGGAACUGCCUGUUCUUGGCAGCUAAGGGAGAGCUGGGGCCUGUGCCUGCAGUCAUACCUCACACUCUGCGUCUAUCUUGUUAAAUAUCUGUUCCUAAAUGGUUGUCUCCAAACUCUGACAUGAAAAGAACUGUAGAUAUGGACAACUUCACCUAAUAGUUUGUGUUGUUAGCUAGUUGUGUAGUAGCUGUUUAACUAUUAGACAGUUGAUUCUUGUACACAUUUUUUUCCAAAUUUGAGAAUAUAUUAAAAAAAUGGAUGGUUUGCUGUGCUCUGAGUAAAAUUUGAAGAAAAUGUUUUGAAAGUACCAAUUGGAGUUGGGCACCUAACCUGAACUGUGUGCCCUUGCAAAUCUGUGAAUUCACCCAUUGCGGUUUUUUAUCUUGAAUGUAAACCCUUAGAUCCAGCCCUUUCUUCUGGGAGGCAGGAGGAUUACUUACAGCAUGCUUGUCUUAGUAAUGCUUGCUGUGGCCUGAGCUAAGUCAUCAGCAUCCAGAUGUAUGUUAUGUUUUAGAAAUUCAGAUGCAUAGUUCAGUGUCUCAUUCAGUUUUGUUUUCAGUGUCUGUAAAUGAAGGCUCCAGGUAAUAAAUUGCUUAAAUUUUAAAUACUUAGCAAUAGAAAUAUGUAGGAGAAAGAAAAGAGAUAAUUUAAUGAUUAUUUUCUACUGUUUGGUUGAAAGAGCAUUCUAGUUCACCAAAUCCAGUUCAGCAGUUUCAAUAACCAGGAGAUUUCCCACUGUCUCUGAAACCCAUGGAUCUGUACCUGUGAACUCAAUAAUUUCUUCCAAAAAUGAGCUAGGGACCCCAAAAAACAGCAGCUACAUUUAGCACUGUGGUUUGACCAGUCUGUAGAAGUUGUCUAUACCCAGAGCAGGGCCAGAGCUCUGGGAAAAAAUAAAAUCACGUGAUUGACAUUGUCAUACUGUGCGAAAGGUACAAAUUAAGAGUCACACAGGAAAACUACGUGCUUUAGAUAAAAUAUUCUAGCUCUUAAAUUACUAAGAGUAAGUACUUGCACAGUGCCCUUGCUUUUCGUGGUGUUUUAUAGCACAUAAAAAAAUGCUAGUCCUCAUGGAACAAUUCACAAUAUCUAUUUAUUAAAAGGAUAACCUCAGACUAAGAGAGACUACACAAAAAAAGGCAUAGGAUUAUAUUAAAACCGGCAUCCUGCACAGCAGCACUGAUCUAAAACUGUGCACAAACCAUUGUGUACUGGUUUCCUUGUAAGUGAAAUUACAUUUAAACCUGAAAUUGAUAUACUUUCCUGCAAUUUCUAGGUCUGGCUCUCACCUUUAAUAAAAAUUCUAGAUUGUUUGCCUUUAAAAUUCAAGUGCAAUCAUGACAGGACAGAAUAAUAACUUUUCCUUUUGUAUUGGCCUCAGUGUUACAAGAAGAUAUUUGUUCUUCAAAUGCCUUGGCAAUUAAUUUUCCCUGUUAAAGGAGAAGAGCCUUGUUUUUCAUUCAGCGGUUCUAUGACUGCAGGAACUGCCUGCCUGUUUACCAAGGAGAGGGAUAAUGUGACUUAAACAAGAUGGCUAAAUCCUAUUCGGCAGGAUCAGAGGGGGUGGCGAAUGUUUGACAUUUCCCGAGAGGAGCCGUCGGUCCGAGGCACCGCGGGUGUUUUUGCGGUGGGCUGGCGCAGCGCGGGGAGUGCUCGUCGCUCCCCCGGGGCGCCGCGCUGCAGCGCACCGGCCAUGAAUCACUGCACGGGCACCACUGAACGCGCCGCUCGCUUCGCGGGAUCGCUAACCCCAGAGAGGCAGCCGGCAGCUCCUCCUGACAGCUAGAGGUGGAAGGACCCAAACUUGUGGUCUUUCCCCCGCCCUCCCCCCCGAGAUCGUUAGUCCGUUCCUUUAUAGUGGUUCAUUUGGUUCUCUGUCAUCGCCAGGAUGCUGCCAGUGAAUGUGUGUCAUGGUUACAAUAGAGUGUGGUAACACGUAACAGCAAUGAAAGCCCAGCGGGAAAGGCUACAAAUUCCAGGGCUGACCUUGGAUCUCACCCCAAGGAGCCUGAGCCCAACCCCAACAAGCCCCUGCAGUCCAUGCAGUCCUCUGUUCGCUUUUCAUUUUUGGAGUUGUAGAACAAGCAACAGGAAGACUUUGAUGGGCAAUGGCCAGUCUCCAGCUCUGCCUCGGCCUCAUUCACCUCUCUCAGCUCACGCAGCAGGAAACAGUCCUCAAGAUAGCCCUAGGAAUUUCUCUCCCAGUGCCUCAGCCCACUUUUCUUUUGCACGAAGUCACGGGCACCGAAAUGACAGGACUGAUGGUCGCCGUUGGUCUUUGGCUUCCCUCCCUUCUUCUGGCUAUGGUACAAAUACACCCAGCUCAACUGUUUCUUCAUCAUGCUCAUCCCAAGAGAAGCUACACCAGUUACCAUACCAACCAACACCUGAUGAACUACAUUUUUUGUCUAAACAUUUCUGUACCACUGAGAGCAUUGCCAGUGACAGCAGAUGCAGAACCACUGCAAUGCGCCCUCGGUCCCGAAGUCUCAGCCCUGGACGUUCUCCUGCCUGCUGUGACAAUGAAAUUAUUAUGAUGAACCAUGUCUACAAAGAAAGGUUCCCAAAGGCCACAGCUCAGAUGGAAGAGAGGCUUCGGGACAUUAUAACAAAUUAUUGUCCAGAGAACGUCCUUCCCCUGGCAGAUGGAGUGCUCAGUUUUACCCACCAUCAGAUCACAGAACUGGCUCGAGAUUGUUUGGAUAAAUCCCGCCAGGGCCUCAUCACAUCGCGAUACUUCCUUGAAUUACAGCAGAAAUUAGACAAAUUGCUACAGGAGGCUCAAGAGCGAUCAGAGAGUGAAGAACUGGCAUUUAUUAAGCAACUUGUCCGAAAAGUCCUGAUAGUUAUUGCUCGUCCUGCUCGCCUACUGGAAUGCCUGGAAUUUGAUCCCGAAGAAUUUUACUAUCUUUUGGAAGCAGCUGAAGGCCAUGCUAAAGAGGGACAAGGCAUUAAAACAGACAUACCUCGAUAUAUUAUUAGCCAGCUGGGCUUAAAUAAAGAUCCUCUGGAAGAAAUAGCUCAGCUAGCUAACUGCGACAGUGGGACAGCAGAAACUCUGGUAACGGAUGAAUCAAUAAACAGCUCUAAUACCUCACUGAAGCUACAGAGGAAGCCUCGGGAAAGUGAUUUUGAAACAAUUAAACUGAUUAGUAAUGGAGCUUAUGGUGCGGUCUAUUUUGUGAGACACAAAGAAACAAGACAAAGAUUUGCCAUGAAGAAAAUUAAUAAGCAGAAUCUCAUCCUCCGAAACCAGAUCCAACAGGCGUUCGUUGAGCGUGAUAUCCUGACAUUUGCAGAAAAUCCGUUUGUUGUCAGCAUGUAUUGCUCCUUUGAAACAAAACGUCAUUUAUGUAUGGUCAUGGAAUAUGUAGAAGGUGGAGACUGUGCUACUUUGAUGAAGAAUAUGGGUCCAUUACCUGUAGACAUGGCAAGGAUGUACUUUGCGGAGACUGUUCUGGCUUUGGAGUACCUUCAUAAUUAUGGAAUUGUACACAGAGAUUUGAAACCAGACAAUUUAUUGGUAACAUCCAUGGGCCAUAUAAAGCUUACAGACUUCGGCCUGUCAAAGGUCGGACUAAUGAGUUUGACUACCAAUCUGUAUGAGGGUCACAUUGAGAAGGAUGCCAGAGAAUUCCUUGACAAACAAGUCUGUGGUACACCUGAAUACAUUGCUCCUGAAGUGAUACUAAGACAGGGUUACGGAAAACCUGUGGACUGGUGGGCUAUGGGAAUUAUCCUUUAUGAAUUUCUUGUUGGAUGUGUGCCGUUCUUCGGAGAUACACCAGAAGAGCUGUUUGGACAAGUAAUCAGCGAUGAAAUCAACUGGCCUGAAAAGGAUGAAGCACCUCCUCCCGAUGCCCAGGAUCUGAUUACCCUGCUGCUCAGACAGAAUCCUUUGGAAAGACUGGGAACAGGCGGUGCAUAUGAAGUAAAGCAGCAUCAGUUCUUCAGGAGCCUUGACUGGAACAGUCUGCUGAGACAGAAAGCAGAGUUUAUUCCACAACUGGAGUCUGAAGAUGACACAAGUUACUUUGACACUCGUUCUGAGAAAUACCACCAUAUGGAAACUGAGGAAGAAGAUGAUACCAAUGAUGAAGAUUUUAGUUUGGAGAUAAGACAAUUUUCUUCAUGUUCACACAGAUUUUCAAAAGUUUUUAGUAGCAUAGAUCGAGUCACUCAAACACAAGGUGAAGAAAAGGAAGAUGCAGGAGACAAAACAAAAGGUGUAACAUUGCCUUCUGUGGAAUCUUUAAGUUGGAGUUCAGAAUAUUCUGAAAUACAACAAAUAUCUACACCCAUCUCCUCUGACACUGAGAGCAACAGGCAGCGACACAGUUCUGGUUUGCUUCCAAAGUUGUCCGUAUCAGCUGAAGGAGAACAGGAUGUUUCCACCAGCUUAGUGGGACCCCGGGAGGAACAGGAAAAGCCCACGUUUGUGAGUGAGGAAAUAGCGCAAGAUGAACCUGAAGUAACCACUCCAGCAAGUACAAUCAGCAGCUCCACGCUAUCAGUUGGCAGUUUUUCAGAGCACUUAGAUCAGAUAAAUGGAAGACAUGAAAGUGUGGACAGUACAGAUAACUCCUCAAAGCCACCCAGUGAUGUUGCGUCUCACAUGGCUCGUCAACAGUUAGAAAACACAGAGAAAAAGAUCAUCUCUGGAAAAGUCACAAAGUCCCUUUCUGCAAGUGCUUUGUCCCUCAUGAUCCCAGGAGAUGUGUUUGGUGUUUCUCCUUUGGGAAGUCCUAUGUCUCCUCAUUCCCUGUCAUCUGAUCCUUCAUCCUCCCGAGAUUCAUCUCCCAGCCGUGAUUCAUCGAUUGCUGCUGCAAGUCCUCGUCAACCGAUAGUAAUUCAUAGUUCAGGAAAAAAGUACGGCUUCACCAUCCGAGCCAUCAGAGUUUACGUGGGUGACAGCGAUAUCUACACUGUGCACCAUAUUGUUUGGAACGUGGAAGAAGGAGGUGUGGCUCACCAAGCAGGUUUGAAAGCUGGAGACCUGAUUACUCAUAUCAAUGGAGAGCCAGUGCAUGGUCUUGUUCAUACAGAAGUCAUUGAGCUGUUGUUAAAGAGUGGUAACAAAGUCUCAGUAACGACAACUCCUUUUGAAAACACUUCGAUCAAGACAGGACCUGCCAGGCGAUACAGCUAUAGGAGCCGAAUGGUCAGGCGCAGUAAGAAAACCAAGAAGAAAGAGAGUUUAGAGAGGAGAAGAUCUUUCUUUAAAAAGCUGGCCAAGCAACCCUCUCCUCUUCUUCACACCAGCAGAAGUUUCUCCUGCCUGAACCGGUCACUUUCAUCAGGGGAAAGCUUGCCUGGGUCUCCAACCCACAGCUUAUCUCCUAGAUCACCUACCCCAAGCUACCGUUCUACUCCUGAUUUUCCAUCUGGUACUAACUCUUCUCAGAGUAGCUCCCCUAGUUCAAGUGCUCCAAAUUCUCCAGCUGGUUCAGGACACAUAAGACCCAGCACUCUCCAUGGCUUGGGUCCAAAGCUUGGUGGGCAAAGAUACAGAUCAGGAAGACGCAAAUCAGCUGGCAGCAUUCCUCUCUCUCCUCUUGCACGGACACCUUCUCCAACACCCCAGCCAACAUCCCCUCAGCGAUCCCCAUCACCAUUGCUAGGACAUUCGAUUGGAAAUACAAAAAUAGCUCAGUCGUUUCCUAGCAAAAUGCACUCCCCUCCAACUAUUGUGAGGCAUAUUGUUAGGCCAAAGAGUGCAGAGCCACCAAGGUCUCCACUGUUAAAGAGAGUCCAAUCUGAAGAGAAACUUGCACCAUCUUAUGGUGGUGAUAAGAAACACUUAUGUUCACGAAAACACAGUCUGGAAGUGACCCAGGAAGAAGUGAAUAGAGAAUUGUCCCAAAGGGAAGUGACUCUUCAGAGCUUGGAGGAGAAUGUGUGUGACAUGCCAUCACUCACACGAGUCAGGCCGGCAGAGCAGGGCUGCUUGAAGCGACCCAUCUCUCGAAAAUUAGGUAGGCAAGAAUCCAUCGAUGAGCUGGACAGAGAGAAGCUGAAGGUGAAGAUAGUUAUGAAAAAGCAAGAUUUUGCUGAAAAAGCAAAUGCUGCUAUACAUGAACCUAGCAGUGAACAAGAAAAUCCUAAUACCUUGAGACUGGAAGAAAGAGACAAAAAAGCAUUCCAGAAGGUAUUAGAAAGAUCAAAUACGUUUGAAACAAAAAUUGUUGCUUUGGAGACCCAGUCAGCUGGUGGCAUACUCAAAGACACCCUUCAAAAAAAUGCAAACUUGAGAUCAAAUGAUGGUGUUGGCCUAGAUGCACAGAUGUCGUGUCAUGGGCAUCCACCUAAUGAACUCAGUCAUAUUUCUUAUGACUUCAAAAGAAUUUCCCCUCCAUGUACACUGCAAGAUGCGCUACCUCAGUCUUCUGACAGGAUGCUAAAUGGAAAGGGAGAAAACACAGACAAAAAUGCACCAACAAAAGAAUUUGUCAAAUUUGAAAGAUUAGAUGGUAAACUUUCAAAUAUUGAUUAUUUUAGAAAGAAAAUGUCAACUGAAGAAAAAGAUGACAGUGUUUGUCCAGUGCUAAAGCCAAAAUUGACAUCAAAUGUUCAUGACUGUCUUCAGUUUAAUACAGGCAGGCCCAUAAACAUACAGCAGGACUCCACUGCAGUUGCCGAUGGCAGAGCGUUUAUUGGCAGUGCACAUGCUGCUCAGAUCAGCUCAGUUUCUUUCGUUCCUCUCAAGACCUUGAAUGGCCGCACAGACACAAGUAUGGAAAAACCAACCCUUAUCUCCACUGAGGCUCCCGUCAGAAAAAGUCCUUCAGAGUAUAAACUUGAUGGGAGGUCUGUUUCCUGUUUAAAGCCAAUAGAAGGCACACUGGACAUUGCCUUACUUUCUGGGCCACAAGCUUCGAAAACUGAACUGCCUUUGUGCAUGCUGCCAGAAGGACAGAGCACCAGCAGUGAUGGAGGAUCACCUAAAACCCCAGCACCACAGGGGAGUGGUGGGAAGGCAGAACUGGCCUGUCAGAAGGAGCAGUUGUUAAACUAUCCAAAAUCUGGCAAAGUCAAUGUAUCAGAGCCUCAGGUUCUGCAAACAAGCAAGAGUUCUCCAAAUCCACCAGUCACCCCUGUGGCUGCAGAAGUGGUGAAAGAGAAAAAGGUUUCAGGCCCAGCUACUAAAGGCAAUAUUUCUGUUACUGAAGGUGUUCAAAAGAAAGAUACCUCCCCUUCAAAACAGAAGGACAGUUCAAUGGAGAUGAAGACUUGUGUUACUCAGAGUAUUAAAGCUACUCAAACAUAUUUCAAACUUUCAGCUGUCCAAAGCACUCCUGAAAAAGCUGUGGGAAAAGAGAAGCAAAUACAGAAGGAGUUGCCUGCCAAACAGCCAGUAGUCCAGAGAAGUUGCGAGCCUAUCCCUGCAAAAGUGGAGGUGAUCAGGGAGUCAUCUCUUAAGGCAUCUGUCUCGGAUGUCCUGAUAACAAGCUGCAAAAGCAAUGAAAAAACCUGUGCUGAUUUUGCCAUUCCAUCUCAGAUGCAAGGAAAAAUGCAGGCAGCUGGCCCCAAGGCACAACCUAGGGAUGGCAGAGAGUCACUGAAACAGCUAGGCAAAGAUGACAGCAGUGCUGCUAGUAGUUUUGUGGAAAGGGACAUAGCCACACAGAAAGUCUUCAGUGAAUCUAAGAAAGUUACCACAGAAUCAAAGAGUGAAGCCCUUCCAUCCAGACAGCCCAUGCAAGCCUCAACAGAUUGCAGUCCUAAAAAUGAAAAGUCUGCACUGGUUUCCUCUGUGCAGAAGGACAAUGCCAAAGAUUUAGGAAAGAAAGUCGAGAAACAGUUCACUGACAUAAAGCUUCAAACUACUGAGAAAGAGCAGACAAGCCAAGUUCCUCGGCAGCAGCUUCACACUUCAAGCUCCCCUGCUGUGAGAGACACUGUAAGCAGAAACUGUGCUGUAGAUGUUCAAGAACAUGUGAAGCCUACUGCUACCUGUGUGGAAAGCAGCAGUAAUAAACACAGGCCUGUCUCUGAAAUGAGUUCCUCUAAGUCUAAGUACUUAGAUAAACAGACAUUGUCACAGAAACCAUGCACUCCAACCAUAAAAGAAAAAGAAGCUAUUAUUCAGGCAUCCACCAGCUCUCGGAAAGAUGGGAAACCCACCAGUAAGAAUGUGCUAGAUCCCCUUUGUUCUGUGUCAGGCUCUUUGACAAAAAUGAACGAUGAACACAUGCAGACUGAAAGGCCUGUGAGUUUGGAGCACAGCUCAGUAGUUACCAUCCAAAUGAGCAGCGUCACUCCUGACACCAAACCCAAGUGCUCUGCUGUCAGCCCAGUACCAGCAGGCCCAGAGAGUUCUAUGCAGAUGCAGAGGCAGGAACCAGCAGGCUUGGUGGAAUCUCCUAAUCAAAAACAACUUCACCUCAGUGAAAAACAAACUGUGUCUCCAAAGUUUUCCACUGUGAAAGACUCUCUCGUGCUGAGCAAACAGGCAGACAGAGGUCCUAGUAACCAGAUGAUCUCUGCAGACAAAAGACCUGAAGGAAAAAUAUGCACUGAUGCACUUUAUGUUCAGCUUGACAGUGGGAAAGUGGAGCCUACCCUUUGCCUGACAAACUGCGAUGCCAGAGGGAAAGGAGCAGAAAAAGCCACCGCAAGUAGCAAAAGCUCUCAAGAUUCAAAAGGGAAAGGACAAGUUAAUCAAAAACAGCCAGAGGAUGCAAACAAGCAGAUUGCAAUAAAACAUUCGUCAGCUGCCAGCGGGCAGAGUUCCUGUCGUGUGGCUGCAACACCAGGAAAGCCACUGACUUAUACAGCCAAUUUAUCUGAAUGUAGACAAGAAGUAUCUGUUUUGUCUUCAGCGAAGGGUGAUGCAUCUUCAACAAAGGUUAAAGCAGGCUCGCCUGAGCUUCCUGCGACAUGCAAGGAGCUAAGUAAGAAAAGCACCACUUCCUCGGGGAUCAGUAAGGCAGAAAUUACUAAAAGUGUUUCACUGAUGGCCUUGCACAGUGCUGCUGUUGUAGUAGAAACCCACCACUCUGCUUCAAACCUUGGAGGAAAACCUGGAAAUCAAGAAAAGUCUUUUUGUGUUAACACUGUGGAUGUAAAGGGAAAGGAUGCCGUUCAGGCUCAGCAGUCUGCUUCAAGAAAACAGAAUGUAGGUAAAGAUUUACCCAGGUCAGCUACCACACCUGACCGCCCUAACGCACUUUCUAGUGACAAAGACGCGGCUAGGCAGCGGCGGGGAAAGGAAGCUUCACGGAGCAGUCCUCACAAAAAAUCCUGUUAAGUGUGUAACACCUGGCAGGUGUGAAUUCAAGACUAGCUGAAACAAUGUCAAUAUACUGGACUACCUUUGAACCAUCACUGUGUCGUGUCUUUGUGCAGCCAAGCUUUCAUUCACUGAAGAAAGGGGAUAUGUAAAGAGAAGACUUUUUUUCAAAAUGCCUUCCUAAUUGUAACCGGUAAAACUGUUACCAUAUAGUAUUUGUACAAGAAUACCUUUACAGCUGAGAGCUGUUGAAGAAAAGAUUUCCUUUGUAAAUACCUAGUGGUGUGUUUGGGGUUUGAAUGUAGCAUAUAUACUUUGCUGCUGAUUGCGUUGUUUACUCUCCCCUUUUUUAAGACAGUUGCUUUGCCACUUAUUUGCCAUACUCAAAAUUUGAAACAAUUACUAGAACUCAGACCUGGCAUGGACAUGCACAAGCAUUGGUCUGACUGGAAAAUAAAAACAGGCCACAUUUUUACUUACUAAAAAUCCUAGUUGGAGGUUAAAAAAAUACUAGUAAAGAAUAAAUAUGGUGACUUAUUGUAAGUUUUUACAUAUAUUUUUAAUAAUCCAGUUUUGAUAGUGCUGUACCUGGCUGACUGCUUCACCAGAUCUGACACCAGACCUAACUGCAUCUCCCUACCACAGAAAGCCUGUCUCUUAGUGUAGGUGUCUGUAAAGCUACAAGAGGAUCACUUGGUUACCAGUGCGUCCCAGCAGGAGUUGUGUUCUGUGGUGAAGCGGUGGUUCUUGUCUGCUGGGAGUGUGUUCUGUGUCCUUCACCUCAGACAAGGCUGAUUCUCUGAAGCACAUGCCGUGUGCUCAGGUUUUGCUGCAGUCCUCUCUUGAGUUCCUUGAGCUUUUUAAAUUCGGGCCCUUGCAGUGUGAGGCACAAGUAUAAGCACAUGACUUGCAGCACUAGUAUGUUCAUCCCUGUUUUUUAUUACAUUGAGAGAAUACAUAUUAUCAUGGCAUACAAGUCUGCAUAAUUAGCUUCAUACAGCCGUAGUUUUAUUUUCUGACAAGUAAGGUAAAAAGGAAAAAAGCGGUUUCAGUGUCAUAUCUUCAAAACGUUCAGGACAUCUGAUACAUAGCUGGGGCCUUAUGUUGUAGACUUAACUUGCUGUUUUUAGCAAGUACUUCCAGGUUCCGUGUUAAUUUCUAAAUGCAUUGAGUAGCUCCAUACAUUUCAUAACAAUCUUUUUAUUUGUAUGCAAAAAAAAGUUAAUACUGUAAUUAUAAAAGAAGCAUUUUGUAACAAAGGAACUUGUUGGAGCUAUUUGGUGCUAGAAUGUUACUGUCUUUUUACUUUUGCUAAGCCUUAUUUAAAUUUUGUAUACUGUGGAACGUGUAGACUUCGAUCAUUUUAGUGUGGAGGUAUUUAGUUUGUUGUGAAGGAUGAAAGGUAGAAUUUGAAACAUGUACAGAAGCACUACAAAAUAACCUUGCAGACACGUGUUUUUUUAAUGAUGGGGAUCAAUAGAACGCUAGUUUUGCUUAUUUCUGUUAUAUGUACACACAGUAGAGCUAGGCCCUUACCUGUUUCAUCAGGGCUUACAGGUUGUCUUUCUGUCAUGAAAGCUAGAACAUAGUUCAUAAAAGCACAGUGUAAUCUUGACUUGGAGAUUUAUAUGACAACUGACAGUGUGCAGAAUUCGUUUCCCUCUGGUGAAAACUUUAUUAUACUCAUUAGUUGAGUUGGAUUACAGCAAACCUGUCAUGGAAAGAUAAUAUCACAAAUAAGUCUUUCUGAUUUUUUUUCUCGUGGCGAUUAAACAUUCAUCCCGCCUUUGAUGCAUUCACAGAGGGGCUAGUGAGCAACGGAUAAUAAUUUUUGUGCAGUUUUAAAGAUAAAAUGGUCUCAACAUUUACAGUUCAUCUGUGCUUUGGCAGUUACUACAAAUGAACGCUAAUGCACUUCAAAAUAACAUUUCUGUCUGGGAGGUAUUUCCUAGUUUACAGUCUUCUGCAUUUUUUCAGCUCUCCUGUUGUUUCCUUUAAAGCACAUCUAGUUAUUUGUUUACAGUAUAACUUCAUGUAUAUUUUGUAUAGUUCAUUAUCACUUCUGACAACUAAGUUCUUUGCAUUUUGGAAGUGUAACAGUGCUUAAGCUUGUGUUUGUGUAGUACCUGUUUGUUGGUGUUUACCUGAUCAGUGAGCUGUUAGAGAUCCUCCUGCUUGUGUUCUACUUGGUCAGUCUUUAUGUGAUUGUAGAUCUGAUGUGUUCUUUUGUAGACUUCCUGCUGUAGAUUCCUCAGCUUACAAAAAAAACAAAAUUAAAAAAAUCGUUAGGGUCUGUGCAAUAAAGUGUUUGCAGUCUUAUUUUCUCUGAGAAACUCCUUAUGGAUGUCAUAAUUGUUGUAUAUUGAACACGAUUAUUUAUACUUAUGCAGUUGCAUAACGUUGAAAUAAAAAUUGAGCAUGAAA